UCUCUCCCCCGCCCCAACCCCUUCUUUUCUCGCCGGCAAGAAGUCUUGAAAAGGGUCGGACGAGAGGCGACCAAAUAUGUUUAGUUAUAUAUAUAUUAGAGUCCUCGAUUUUUUUUAAGAAAAAAAAAAAACCCUCUCCUCUUUCUUGCUCUCUGCUCUCCUCUCUUCGCGUUUCUUUUCCUUGCGGAAAAGGAAUCUAAAAUCUCCUCUCCUUCGUAUUUUUUUUUUUCUUUUUUCUUUCUUGUUUGAUUCCGUCCUGUUCUCCUUUUUUGUUCUCUCUUUGGAGUUGUCCUUUUUCGCGAAGAAUUCGCUUCCGAUCUAGCGAAAAGAGGCGCUUUGAAGCCAAGAUCGGUAAAAGGGGGUCCUUUUUGAGGGUAAUGGUUGUUGGUAUCUAGGGUUUCGUUUCACUUUGCGGUUGUUUUUGGUCUUGUUACAUCGUUCAAUCGAAGUGCUUGCAGUGGAUGAUCGAUCGGUUCUUGGUGUGAAAUUGGACGCUGGUGGAGGAACGAUGAAUCAAGUCGGCGAUGGCGGCGGCGAGUCCGGUGCCGCGUCGGAUUCCAACUCCGGCCUGAAUCAUUGUGUGGAUUUGGGCCAAGGGCAUGCAUCUUUAUAUCCAUCUACUUCGGGGCAGCAGUCUUGGCCUUCAUCAACAGGACCAACUGUUUCAUGGAACUUUUAUAGGUCGAGUAGUGGUUUAACUGAAAGUGGAACCUCUUCAAGUUCUGGCUACCACUAUGGUCAAGGGGAAAUGGCUGUUUCAGGAAAUGCUCAAGGUGGAGUAAAUUCUGCAUCUCAUGCAUCUACUUCAAGUAGUGUGGUUGCGACUACUGCAACACAACACUAUGCUGGUUACGCGCAUUACCCAAGUGCUACGACUCCUUAUGGCUAUAGCAAUACACAAUAUCAAAGUUACUAUUAUGGAUAUCAGCAGCCAGACAAUGAUUCUUCCUCUCAGCAAGUGGGUGCAAAUCCAAAUUCAGGUGCUGCUUAUCAGCCUCUUAGCUCAUUUCAGAAUUCUGCAGGGUCUUAUGUCCAUCCUACAAGUUAUUUAGGCACUUACUACAAUACUGGUGAUCAUCAGACGACGGCAGGAUAUGAAAACAGCAAUUAUAAUUAUCAGAACAACUGGUGGAAUAAUGGAAAUUGCGGAAGUUACCCCCUUCAUCUAUAUCCCAGCUACACCACCUCAGAUACAAAUUCCACCCAAAGUUCUAGUGCAGUAUCUACAAAUUCUCUUCCUUAUCAGCAGCAAUAUAAUCAGUGGCCUUAUUACUACAGCCAGUCUGCACCUACUGCUAGUUGUGCUCCUGGAACAGAAAAUACAUCUGUUACUAUUGGCUGUUCGGUAGAGGGUGGUAGUGGUGGUUAUCCUUAUCCAAACAAUCAACCACCACCACCUGGCACAACAUCAUGGAGAAAAGAUACUGGCUGUUCUGGGUUGCCUUCUUUGCAGGAGAAGAAGGAUGUUACAGCACAUCAUUCAAGUGGUAGUGGUGGAGUAGGAGCUCCAACAUUCCAAAAUCACCAUAUCAACCAAAUGCCCUCGUAUUUCCAAAAUUCUACAGAUUUAACUCCUCUUCCCCAUGAGAAUCGUGAAGAUCAACAAAAACUUCUGUAUUCUCAAUCUCCAAGAUUGUCGCUUUCUUCAACCAGUCAGGUCCCUGAAAAUUCCCUAUCACUCUCCCAAGCAAUCCCUGUACCGGAGACACGUCGGUUAAACAAAUUGCAGAUUCCAACAAAUCCUAGAAUUGCUUCAAAUUUGGGCAUGCCGAAAACUGAUAAGGAAAGCUCAACAACUAAUGGAGCAUUGAAACCAGCCUAUGUGAGUGUGUCAGUACCAAAGCCUAACACUAAAUCAUCCUUGCAAGAUGAUGCUGAAGCUAUUAUCAAGGGAACCUUCCCUCCAUCACUUCGUGCUUAUGUGGAGAGGACUUUUGGUCGUUGCAAGGAUGAUGCACAAAGGUCUGCUAAUCAGAAAAUAAUGAAGGAGAUAAUUACCAAAGCAUCUGCUGAUGGCACGCUAUUUACAAGAAAUUGGGAUAUUGAACCACUUUUCCCCUUGCCAAAUGCCUCAUUAGAUAUGGUUGAGCAGAACAAUCUGCAGAGCUCGGUUCCCGUCUCUUCCUCGCGUAGGCGCACAAAAAGUCGAUGGGAGCCUGUUGCUGAAGAAAAUUUGGUGGAUAAACAGCCAUCACUCACAAGUGAUUCAGUAAAAGUUGCUAGCUGGGAUCAUGUUGAAGGAACCGGAAGAGCGGCUGAUAGCAAAAAAUAUGAAAGUAAAGAAGGUGGUUGCAAUGGAGUCAGAUUAUUUUCAUCUCCGCAGCAAACACCAUUAAGUAAAUUUGGUCAGAGGCCAGUGAAGAAGCCCCGGCUUGGUGACUUCCCAAAUGCAACUGAAAAUGGUGAUGGUUCUAGUGAUAGUGAUAAGGAGCAGGACUUGACCAAAUAUUAUGCCAGUGCAAUUGCACUAGCAAAUUCUCCUGAGGAAAAGAGAAGGCGUGAGCAUCGUUCCAAGCGCUUUGAGAAAAUACAAGGAAACCAAGCAGAAACUAAAUGCUAUGGACCAAACAUUGCUGGAGCUGGAAGUAUCUACACAAGAAAAGCAAGUGCUAUGAUGCUUGCUAAAAAUUAUGAAGAUGGUUAUAGCAGAGCUGUGGAAGAUAUUGAUUGGGAUGCUCUCACUGUCAAGGGAACCUGCCAGGAAAUUGAGAAACGCUAUCUGCGUCUUACAUCUGCACCUGAUCCUGCCACUGUAAGAACAGAAGAAGUUUUGGAGAAAGCUCUGCAAAUGGUUCAGACUUCUCAGAAGAACUAUUUUUACAAGUGCGAUCAACUUAAAUCAAUUCGUCAAGAUUUAACAGUGCAACGAAUACGAAAUGUGCUAACUGUGAAGGUGUAUGAGACUCAUGCACGACUAGCGCUUGAAGCAGGAGACUUGCCGGAGUUUAAUCAGUGCCAAUCACAGUUGAAAAGACUAUAUGCUGAAGGGAUUGAGGGAUGCCACAUGGAGUUUUCUGCAUACAAUUUGCUUUGUGCUAUCUUACACUCCAGUAGUACAAGAGACUUACUGUCAUCAAUGACCAGAUUGUCAAAUGAAGCAAAACAUGAUGAAGCUGUCAAGCAUGCUCUUGCAGUCCGCUCUGCGGUUUCAUCUGGAAAUUAUGUUCAAUUUUUCAGAUUGUAUAAGGCGGCUCCCAACUUAAAUACUUGCCUUAUGGAUCUCUUUGGGGAGAAGAUGCGAUUUGAGGCUGUGAAAUGCAUGUCUAAAUCGUAUCGCCCAACAGUCCCUGUUGCAUAUGUUGCCAGGGUUUUGGGCUUCUCAAUAGCUGUAUCAUCAGAAAAUAGUGAAGAUAAGGGCAAAGAUGGACUGGUAGAAUGUGAAGAAUGGUUAAGAGCACAUGGGGCAAUUCUUACCAUUGACAACAAUGGAGAACUGCAACUGGAUUCGAAGGCUUCCUCCUCCAGCCUUUACAUACCGGAACCAGAGGAUGCUGUUGCACAUGGUGAUGCAAGCCUUGCAGUUGAUGAUUUUCUGACUCGAGCAUUGUGAAGGAGCUUUAUUGUUGCACUCUUUGUACGAUACAGGAGAAAUCCAGGACUGGCUUUGCUCAACUGCAGAAAGUAAUGUUUGUCUCCCACAACGAACCCUUGUUAUAAAAUGGACAAGCAAAAGUUUGUAGGAACGCCUCAAGCAUAAUGCAAGCCUGCUUUUUCAAAUGGCAACAUUGGCUUGAGGUAGUUUAGUUUGGAUCCUCUGGCAAGGUUCCCAAUUUUUUCACCCAAGAGCAAGCCUGUGUUUUUAGCCAAUUUCCCAUAUUGGGCUUGUGUCUUUGUGCACCUAAUAAAACCUCUGCCAGGUAUUGACGUGCAGGGUGGCCUAAGCACAAUACUUAUGUAUCUUGUUAGUUUGAUAUACAUAAAAAUGCCUGACAAGGUUAUUAAAGUCAAAUCUUUAUUAAAU